AUGGCUUCCCUACUCGAUCGUGCACUGACCGAUACGCGCAAGCCCGAACGUGCUCGAGUCGACUCGCGAGGCAGCAGAAGAACAUCGGGUCCUUACGACAGACCCAUCCAGCGGGAUGGUGAUAACUGGAAGCAUGAUCGAUUUGAUCAGCCCCGCUUCAAUCGAGAUAGAGAAGCGGCAUCUGAUGGGGCGACAAGUUCACGGCUGAGGAUUGACAACUUGCAUUAUGAAGUCAGCGAGAGAGAGCUAGAGGCAUUGUUCACUCAGAUCGGUCCUUUGGCAACGCCGCCGAGCAUAGGAUUUGAUCGCUCUGGACGAUCACUCGGCUGGGCAAGAGUAGCUUACGAGAGCGAAGAUGAUGCUGCGACAGCCAUCAAGCAGUUCAAUGGCGCUCGAGCAAAAGGUGACAUCAUCAGAGUCUCGUAUGACUUCAGUGUACCCCGUACCAAAGCCGGACCGGCGCUCAGCAAUCGUGUCGAAGGAUACGACGAGAUUCGCAAGAGCUUGAACGGCAGUGACCGCCCUGCGCCAGCUGCACAGAGAAGCGAAAGAGGUCAACGGGACAGUGACAGAGGGCCCAGAGGAAGAGGCAGAGGCGGUCGAGGUGGGGCCAGAGGGGGCAGGGGAGGAAGACGCCCGCCUGCCACUCAAGAUGAUCUCGACAAGGAACUCGAGAGCUUCAUGAACGAAAAGUCCAGUGGCGCGCCCGCUGCAGAUAUGGAUGUCGAUAUGAAUGCUUGACUGCAUUGCAACUCUCUGUAAGAUCAUCAUCAUCUGCUCCCGAGGGGUGGCAGGAUCUGGUGGCCGUUGAAUUUGAGCACACUGCAAAUCAGGUCAGCGACGAUAUUACACGCACGUGGUAGAUGCCUCACUAUAACGAAGUCUGCAAAGGCAACAAUCAGCCUCGAAUACAGACAGGAUUCAAGGAAAGACAUACAUCUCUGACAUCGAUAUCCUGUCCUUCGAGAUGGAUGGCGAUAACGUUCUCUUGGGCAAGUCUCUUUUGGACGUCUCGCACCAUCAGACCCAGAGCAAAAGGCCUGCCAUCGAUCGUCUUGCUCUCGAUAAACCACGUACUGUCAGUAGCCCCACCAGAAGCCGGUUUCGAUUCGAGCAACAUGGCUUUGCCGCGUCCCUCAUCGACGUCGCCCAUCCACAGUGCCCCGUCGUCUGGCGAGGUU